CAGCAGAGCGUCCUCUUGGAGGCUAUUGAGCACCAUUGUGCUGCGCUUGAGCUCCGCUAUCCUUGCCAUCUUGAUCGACUCAUGUCUCUCGACUCGACAAUCUCGCUGCCACUCUUCGAGCAGCAGAGUGUCCUCUCUGACCUCGAUGAGGCUGUCGAGUUCUGUUGGGUUGCGCUGGAGCUCCGUCCUCCUGCACAU